UUCAAGCACUGGACUCUUUCGGCGUGAAAUAGACACUGCGUUCGAGAGCCGCGUAUUAACCAGCGCUGUUUUAAAUUCGCACUACAUCGAACCGCGUAACUUUCUUCAGGUUGCGAGAGACGUUGUGCUUGAGCAUAUACGAAAAUACUUUUGCAAUAGAUAUGUAUAUAAUAAUUCUUUUUCCUUUUCUAAAUAUGUUAUGUUUGAAAAAAAAUUUAUGUCUUUUUAUUGCAGAUGCUUGCACUACUUUAGUUCGAGUGAGAAGCUGGAAGCUCACACCGUAGAUUGCGAGAAGAUGAACGAAUGCGCAAUCGUAUUACCAGAUGAUGAAAGCAAGUGGCUCAGUUUCGAUAACUACAUCCGGAAAGAGCGAUUUGUGGUGUACGCCGACCUCGAGUGCAUUCUGGAGAAAACUGAUCGAGAAGCACCAAGAUCCACAUACCAACAUCAUAAAGUAUUUAAUAUUGCAUAUUAUGUUCAAUGCGCGUACGAUUCAUCCUUGUCGGUGUACCAAUGUCAUCGUGAUGCGAAUUGUGUUUCCUGGUUCGUCAAAGAAUUAAAGAAUUUGGCACAUUUUGUUAAAUUAAUUUUAUCAAAUAACAUACAAAUGGAUGAUAUAACGAGUGAACAGCAGGAGGCAUUUCGCAACGCGACGCAUUGUCACAUUUGCGAAAAACCGUUUGGAGAAAACGAUACGAGGGUUCGCGAUCAUUGCCAUCUAACCGGUCGGUACAGAGGUCCCGCGUACUCCAAUUGUAAUCUAAAUUAUACAAACUCUUUUUGCAUUCCCACAGUUUUUUAUAAUUUGUCCGGUUACGAUUCGCAUUUUAUUAUCGAAGAAAUAACUAUAGCUUUCGAGGAUGCCGUCAGUGUAUUGCCGAUAACAAAAGAAAAGUACAUUUCGUUCACAAAAAGUGUCAAAGAUCCAAAUGGACCGUCGCGAAAUUGUAUACAAUUGAGAUUCAUCGAUUCAUACAAAUUCUUGAGUACCAGUCUCAAUAAAUUAGCGUCUUUCUUAGAUAAAAGCAAAUUAAGAAUUUUACGAACAGAGUUUCAAAAUUUGUCUACCGAAGAUUUCGAAUUAUGACGCGAAAGGGUGUUUUUCCGUACGAGUACAUUGACUGUGCCGAAAAGUUGGAACAAUCAUGUUUGCCAUCGCGCGAAUCAUUUUACAGUUCCUUGACGGGUGAUACAGUAUCGGAGAGCGAGUACGCGCACGCCGAGAACGUGUGGACACGGUUUUCCAUUCAAACGCUGGGCGAGUAUAGGAUUUGUAUUUGAAAACAGAUGUCUUGCUGUUGGCCGAUAUUUUUGAAAAUUUUCGUGAAAGCUGUACAACAAGUUACGGACUUAAUCCCGCGUAUUAUUACACUCUGCCGGGUUUUACGUGGGAUGCCAUGCUGAAGCAUAAAAAAGUUAAUUUCGAAUUACUAACAGAUAUCGACAUGGUCCUGUUUAUCGAAUGCUGUAUACGCGGCGGAUUAAGUCAAUGUUCAGGUAGAUACGCGAAAGCCAAUAAUAAGUACAUGCAGUCGUACGAUCCAUCGACAGCAUCGUCGUACUUGAUGUACUUUGAUGUGAAUAAUCUGUAUGGGUGGGCAAUGUGUCAACCACUGCCAUAUGCAGAAUUUCGAUGGGUCGACAACGUUACAAACUUUGACGUAUCUUCGAUUGCUGCCGAUUCGCCUACGGGUUAUAUUCUAGAGGUUGAUCUAGAAUAUCCCCAACGCUUGCACGACAUUCACGCGGACCUGCCGUUCUGUCCCACACGUGCCAAACCACCUGGCAAAAGAGAGGACA